CAGUUGGAAGCCAAAUUCUCCUCUCUCUCUCUCUCUCUCUCUCUCUUCCCCCUUACAAACUGAACCUAGUCUCUACAGUUGGAAGCCCCCAAUUCUCCUCUCUCUCUCUCUCUCUCUUCCCCCCCUUACAAACUGAGCCUAGUCUCUACAGUUGGAAGCCCCCAAUUCCCCUCUCUCUUCCAAACUGAACCUCUCGUCUCUACAGUUGGAAGCCCCUAAUUCUCCUCUCCUCUCUCUCUCUCUCUCUCUCUCUCUCUCUCCCUCUCUCCCCCCUUCCAUUUGUGAGCUUUUCUGCUUGGUGGGUUUUGCAGCGUCGGUUAAAGACUCAAACUUUGGCUCUCUCUCUCUCUCUCUCUCUCUCCCCUUCCUUUUGUGAGCUUUUCUGCUUGGUGGGUUUUGCAGCGUCGGUUAAAGACUCAAACUUUGGCUCUCUCUCUCCCUCUCUCUCUCUCCUUCCAUUUGUGAGCUUUUCUGCUUGGUGGGUUUUGCAGCGUCGGUUAAAGACUCAAACUUUGGCUCUCUCCCUCCCUCUCUCUCUCCUUCCAUUUGUGAGCUUUUCUGCUUGGUGGGUUCUGCAGCAUCAGUUAAAGACAAACUUUGGUUCUCUCUCUCUCACUCUCUCCCCUUCCAUUUGUUAGCUUUUCUGUUUGGUGGGUUCUGCAGCAUCAGUUAAAGACUCAAACUUUGGCUGCUGGUUUAUUAACUGCAGAGUUUGUUUGUUUGUUUUCUCAGGAGGAGCAAUUCUCUUCCUAUUCAACAUUUUAAGUUGAAGAGUUUGUUUCUUGAACUUUGUUUUGCUGAAUUUUACAUGGAUUUAUUGCAUAAUUUCUGUUUUUGUUUUACAUUUGCUGUUUUCUGCUCUGAAUUUGAUAUUUAAUUAUCAGUUAAUUGAACAUGAUUAAAGAAGUUAGAAUAGAGUUAGGGUUGGACAAAUUGUUGCUUUGAGGCCAGUUUCCACGUUCAUUGGUUGCAUGAUGAUGAUCAUUAUCUUCUGGGUGGCUAAAACCCUAAAAGUCAAUAGCAGAUGUGUUAUGCCAUAAGCAUAUUGCAGCGUGCACAAAGGAGAUAAAGAACUGCUGAAGAAGUUUUUCCCGUUAAACAUGAAGGCGAUUUCACCUUUGCCCCUCAAAGAUCAGAGAGAUAGACCCAAGUUUUUGAUUGAGGUUGCAACCAAAGAAAACCAGUUGUGGGGUGUGGUCCAUUCCAGAGGACUCUUGAACUCUGAGGUCCAGGACUUGUACUGCGAAGUGCGAUCUAGUUAUGAGAAUCUCAUAUUGAGUGAUCACGAGCAGUUGGAAUUUCAAGACAUUGAAUAUUCUUUGUGGAAGCUUCACUACAAGCAUAUUGAUGAGUUUCGCAAAAGAAUAAAAGGAAGCUCAGUGAAUGCAGAAAGCAAAAAUAUGGUGGUGCUACGAAAUGAUAUUCAUACAGAAGGGUUUAAACUCUUUCUAUCAGAAGCAAUUGAAUUCUACCAGAAUAUGAUUGGGAAGAUAAGUAAACGUAAGAGGCUCCCAGAAGAGUCUGUGAUAAAUAGAAAGGGAGGUGGCGACCUUACUUUCGCAGAGCAGAAAAAGAUGCAGAAGUGCCAAUUUUUGUGCCAUCGCUUUUUGGUGUGUCUCGGGGAUCUGGCUAGAUACAGAGAACAAUAUGAAAAGCCUGAUGUGCAAACCCGAAAUUGGUCAGUUGCGGCCACUCACUACUUGGAAGCGGCAGCAACUUGGUCAGAUAGUGGAAACCCCCACAAUCAGUUGGCUGUAUUGGCAACGUAUAUUGGUGACGAGUUCCUCGCUUUGUACCACUGUAUAAGAAGUUUAGCUGUUAAAGAACCUUUCCCUGAUGCCCGGGGUAACCUUAUCCUACUGUUUGAAAGGAGCAGGUCAUCUCAUGUAUAUUCUCUUUCAAGCGAGGCCCACUUUAAUUUCUUAAACCCGUCUGAAAGAACCGGUGUUCAGACUAUUUCACAGUCGAGCGAUGAUACAAAGUUAUGGUCUCUUAUUAUUGGAAUGUUAAGUUUCUUUCACAUUAAAUCAAGUGUGGAUGAAUUCCCCUGUGCUUUUGCGUCUACUAUGAGAGAGUUUGAUGCACUGAUGGCACUAGAAGAUACAGAGCUAAAAGUUGCAUUGGAGCCAUAUCACCGUAUGGAUUCAGUUAGAAGAGGCCCUUUUCGAGCACUCCAAGUUGUUUCUGUACUAGUCUUUACUGUACAGAAUCUAAUCAAGACCCCGGAAAUUAAAGGAUCAACUGACAAAAUCGAUAUCCAGCAGAAGGAGCUGACACAAUUGGCACUGACUGCAGCAUUCAUUUUCAUGGGGCGGUUCGUUGAAAGAUGUUCAGAGGCUGGUGCAGUAGAGACUUGCCCCCUUCUACCAGCUGUGCUUGUUUUUGUGGAGUGGCUAGUCGUCAUGCUUGAUGGAGCAGAAAUGUAUGGGGUCGAUGAAAAAUGCAGAAGUGCGAUGUCUUACUUUUUUGGUGCAUUCAUUGAUCUUCUGAAGCAAUUCAACCUCAAUGAGGAUGAGGCCAAGUAUCCAGAAGGUACUCCUCUGUGGGAAGACUAUGAGCUGAGGGGAUUUGCACCGGUAGAUUGUGUUCAUGCAUCACUAGAUUUCUCAUAUCAUCUGGAACAUAUUGACAAUUAUGACAGCGGAAAUGAUUGUCGUGCUCAGAGAAUCAUCAAGGCUGCAAUUAAAAUUGCAGACAGAUCAACUGGUUCUCAAAAGUGGAUUGUCUAUGACAAAUCUCGAAGAAAAUUUUCCAAAGUCUAUAUGGCAGAGUCAAAUGAGUAUGCAGACGGGAAAGAACCGGGAGGAUUCGAGUCCAGCAACUCUGAUGGUAAACUGAAAAUGCCUAGUCUUCAUAUCCACGAACCGCUGAAAGAAUGCGGGAAACAGAUGAUUGCUGGGGAAAAUCUGAGUUCUAACGGACAAUCUGUUGACACGGAAGAGGAAGAAGUUAUUCUCUUCAGGCCUCUUACAAGACACAACUCAGCACCACUCAAGAUUUCCUCUACUUUAAAGGAUCCAUACCCUACGAAAGAUAUGGCGGAUCAAAGUGUACCUUCUGAUGAGUGCUUGCGCCGUGCCACAUCACUUCUUAUAGCGCAAAACCAGGCCAAGACUGAUCCCUUGUCUUUUCAUGCUGAUAUCACUAAUUUUCGGCGCAACAUGCCAUUUAAACAGCAGGAGCCUUCUGUGAAGGAACAGCCAUUUUUGGAAACUCCAAUCACAGCCGGGCCUCCCUCUCUUAAUGCUUGGGUCCUGGAUAUAGGAAAUUUGAACAGUAAUACUGAGAAAAGCACAAGCAAAAUGAGUAAAUGUGGCUCGAGCUUGAGCCCCAUUGAGGAAUUAGCUUCGGAAUAUUUGGAUGUUCUGUCCAUCAAUGAGAAUGAAUAUUCUAUCAGUAGUCACGAAAUUUCGAGCACUCAUUCCUCUUCCUCUACUUAUACAACUCCUGUGCCUUCUGCUCCUCUAUUGCCAGAUGAUGCUGUUUGGUUUGAUGGUGGAACCGAAUCUAGUUUCAGCGACUGCAAAAGCUCUGCGGGGAUCAGCAUGACAGAUAAUCUCUGUGACGCUAACGCGUCACAUUCACAGGCAGGCAGCUAUGCAAACUGGACUGCAACUCAAGCGCUACCUGAUUACAGUUCCGGCAUUCUAAAUUUCAUGGAUAAGUACCCACCUUGGCAUCGAAUGACUUCAUCAGAAUGGCUCCGUCAGUACAGAGAGAGUCUCAACCUUGGCCACCAUGCAUGGCCAAAUUCUCUGUAUCCGCCCAGUAACCCCGGAAACUUAUAUGAUUAUGAUGCUUCCAGGUUAAAUCAUUUCAACCGAUGGGGACAUCACGCGGCUUCUAAUCCGCCAAUGCAGAUGAACAACCUGCCAUUGAAUCCGCCUUUUCCUGGCUACCAAAGACCAAUCCCCUACGGGUGUGGCGCUGUGACGGAUGUAAGAAACGAGCAGCAGCCGCUUCUGCAGUACCUUAAGGAGAAAGAAAGGAAACUGCAGCAUGAUCCUGCUGCCAGAGGUCCUAGUUAUAUGGACAAUUGAGAGAUUUUAACACGUAAAAGUUGAUACGAUAGUCUUGAAAUAUCCAUGUCUGCAUUUUUGUAUAUACGUAAGCAAAUGAAAUUGUGAAAUCCUCCUGCAGUCCACAAUGUGAUGAAGACUAACUUCUGUAUAUCUAAAAACUCACUUUUUUA